AUGAAGCAGCCAAGGUUCUGCACGGAGCUGUUUUGGAUCCUCUGCACAUUUGCUGGUCAGGCGUGGUGCUCAGAGGACGAGACGCGUCUGGUGAAUCAUUUGUUCAGCGGCUACAACAAGGUCGUGCGCCCAGUCAAUCACUUUAGCGAAGCUGUGGUGGUCACCGUGGGAUUGCAGCUCAUCCAGCUCAUCAGUGUGGAUGAAGUCAAUCAGAUUGUGACCAGUAACGUUCGUCUAAGACAACAAUGGACAGACGUGAACCUGAAAUGGAACCCUGAUGAGUAUGGUGGGAUCAGGAAGAUCCGAAUCCCUUCCACAGACAUUUGGAAGCCCGACUUGGUGCUUUACAACAAUGCCGAUGGCGACUUCGCCAUCAUCCACGAAACCAAAGUGCUUCUGGAGCACAACGGCCAGAUUACAUGGAACCCGCCCGCCAUCUUCAAGAGCUACUGCGAGAUCAUAGUCCUGCAUUUCCCCUUCGACUUGCAAAACUGCAGUAUGAAGCUCGGCACGUGGACGUACGACGGCCUUCUGGUCGUCAUCAACCCGGACAGUGACCGUCCCGACCUGAGCAACUUCAUGGAGUCUGGAGAGUGGGUUCUGAAGGACUACAGAAACUGGAAACACUGGGUCUACUACACGUGUUGCCCUGAGACGCCCUACCUGGACAUCACUUACCACUUCCUGAUGCUGCGACUGCCACUCUACUUUAUCGUCAAUGUCAUCAUCCCGUGCAUGCUCUUCUCCUUCCUAACUGGCCUUGUCUUUUACCUGCCCACCGACUCUGGUGAAAAGAUGACCUUGUCCAUCUCAGUCUUGCUGUCCCUCACCGUGUUCCUGUUGGUCAUCGUGGAGCUUAUUCCAUCCACGUCGAGCGCCGUGCCACUUAUCGGAAAGUACAUGCUCUUUACCAUGGUCUUUGUCAUCGCUUCCAUUAUCAUCACCGUCAUCGUCAUCAACACACACCAUCGCUCCCCCAGCACGCACACCAUGCCUGCCUGGAUUCGAAAGGUAUUCAUUGAAAAAAUCCCAAACAUGAUGUUCUUCUCCACCAUGAAGCGUCCCAGCCAGGAAAUCCGGCAAAAGAGAUUGUUUCCUACAGACAUGGACAUCUCCGAUAUCUCAGGCAACCCGACGCCCACUAGCAUCCCCUACCAGUCCCCCAUUAUUAAGAACCCCGACGUGCGUAGUGCCAUCGAAGGCGUCAAAUUCAUCGCAGAGACCAUGAGGUCAGACGAGGAGUCCAACAAUGCGGCAGAGGAGUGGAAGUUUGUAGCAAUGGUUCUAGAUCACAUUCUCUUGUGUGUCUUCAUGGCUGUGUGCAUCAUCGGCACUCUUGCCGUAUUCGCCGGCCGACUCAUCGAACUCAACACACUUUGA